AUGGCUUCACCAAAAUCAGCGUUUGACUUGUCCAAAUGCGCGCGACCGAAUAUUCUCAAGUUGCAUCCCUACCGGUGUGCCAGGGAUGACUACAAAGACGACGGGACAAACAUUUUGCUUGAUGCGAAUGAGAAUGCGUACGGGCCUGGUCUCUCGUUGAAUGCGAAGAGGGAUCUUGAGAAUGCCUCGUCAAUUAAUGACUCUCAUUCACAGAUUGAUUUCCUGGGGUUGAAUCGAUAUCCGGACCCUCACCAAUAUGACCUAAAGCAAUUGGUCUGCAAACUCAGAAAUACCAAGGUUCACACGCAGAAGGAACUGAAACCGGAGAAUCUUUUUGUUGGCGUUGGCUCCGAUGAAGCCAUUGAUGCUCUCUUGCGGUGUUUCUGCGUCCCAGGCCAAGACAAAAUCCUUACAUGUCCUCCGACAUAUGGAAUGUACGCCGUCAGUGCGGACGUUAAUGAUGUGGGAAUUGUCAAGGUGCCUCUGGACGUCAACAACGGCUUUCAAUUACAACCGGAAAAGAUCAACGAGGCUCUGACAGCGGACAAAAGGAUAAAAAUUGUCUACAUCUGCUCUCCAGGCAAUCCAACAGCAAAUCUGAUACGCAAAGAAGACAUCCGAAAAGUCCUCGAGCAUCCAACGUGGAAUGGCGUUGUUGUUGUGGACGAGGCAUACAUCGAUUUUGCGCCGGAAGGGUCAAGUUUAGCGGAAUGGGUUACUGAGUGGCCGAACUUGGUGGUUAUGCAGACACUGAGCAAAGCGUUUGGUCUAGCUGGUAUCCGAUUGGGAGUUGCGUUCACAAGUCCCGACAUAGCGACCUUGCUCAACAGUUUGAAGGCGCCGUACAACAUCUCCAGUCCGACGAGCGCAAUUGCUCAGGCAGCGCUGUCUCCCGAAAGUCUUGCUGUCAUGCGAGAGAAUAGAGCUAAAAUUAUUGCUCAGCGUGAUCGGUUGUUGAGAGAGAUGCCCAAAAUUCCGGGAGUCGGGCGGUUCCUUGGUGGGCAGGCCUCAAAUUUCCUGCUUGUGGAAAUGCUCAAUAAAGAUGGCAAACCAGACAAUGUCACUGCGCUGGCCACGUACGAGGCGCUGGCUGAAAAGAGGGGAGUCGUAUCACGUUUCCGGGGCAAGGAGUACGGAUGUGAAGGCUGCUUGAGGGUGACGGUGGGCACUGAGGAGGAGGUCACUCGGUUCCUGAAGGAGCUGCAGGUUGUUCUUCAGAAUCUGCACUCGGAAACACCGAUACUGUCGUCGAAAGAGGAGGCAAUUAAGGAAAAAGACGCAAGUGCAGUUGUUGCGUGA